GAAAAUUUUUGGUUAUGAAAAUAAAAACAAAAAAAAAUUACGUUUAUACACAAUGAGGAAUAUACUUGGUUGCUUUAAAAUUAAUGAACUGAUCUUUUGAUAACAAGAAAUCUCCAUAUAAUAAAUGAAUGAAACAUGUAUUCACAUAAAUUGAGUACCAUUUUAGUUGGAAACAUAAGACUAUCAAAUCCAACUUCUGUACUUAACUUCAUUAAAGAACCAAAAUGUUUUUGCUCAACUUUUCCUACACAGGCUAGGGUUGUAAUAGCAGGUGCUGGUGUUGUAGCAAAUUCAGUAGCUUAUCAUUUAACUCAAAAUGGCUGGACCGAUGUAAUCGUAGUGGACCAGAAUAAAAUAGGUAGUGGUACAUCACGAUUUGGAUCAGGCACUUUAGGUCUCUUCAAACCUAUAGCUCAUAGAAAUCUGAUUUGGUAUAGUAUCAAAUUAUACAAGGAAUUACAAGAAUUAGGCUAUGAUAUUGGUUUGAAGCAAUGUGGAAGCUUAUAUUUGGCACAAACAAGAGACAGAAUGUUAAGUCUGAGAAGACGUAUGGCAUACAAUAUACCUACAGGAUUAGAAUGUGAAUUACUUGGUGGAGAAGGUUUGAAAAAACUUCAUCCAUACUUAGAAGUUAGUGAUCUUGAAGGUGGAGUUUGGAUUCCACAGGAUGGGGUUGCUGAUCCAAAGUCUGUUUGUAAUGUUCUCGCUCUCCUAUCACAGCAAUCUGGAGUUAAAUACCUUGAGGAUACUAGAAUACUAAAUGUACUUACUAAAAAUAGAACUGUGGAUGAAAUUCAAACAAAUAAAGGCAAUAUAAAAUGUGAGUUUUUUGUGAACUGUGCUGGUAUGUGGGCUAGAGACCUAGGUCUUCAAUCAAAUCCUCAAGUACACAUACCAGCUUACCCAGCUGCCCAUUAUUAUGGUACAUCUGGUCUUAUUCAUGAGUUUGUUGAAGACACUUUACCUAUUGUUAGAGAUUUCGAUUCCAACACUUACAUCAGAGAGUAUAAUGGAUUAUUCUUAGUUGGGUGGUUUGAAAAUGAAGCUGAACCUGCUUUUAAAGAUCACAAAGCAAUACCUAUCGAUUGGAUGAGACACUUGAAAAUAGACACUGAAAAACUACGACCAUUAUGGGACUGUGCGAAACAUAGAAUGCCGAUUCUUUCUGAUUGCUAUGAGCCAGAAUAUGUCAACUCUCCUGAUAAUUUCACACCUGAUGGUAGAUGGAUUCUUGGAGAAGCUUCAGAAAUAGCAAACUAUUUCAUAGCAUGUGGUAUGAACGGUAAUUCUCUACAAGGGGCUGGUGGCAUUGGUAAAGCAGUUGCCGAAUGGAUAAUAGAAGGACAACCGACUCAAGAUCUUCUUCCUUUUAAUGUCCAAAGGUUUCUGACCAUACACAAUAGUAGGCCUUAUUUGAAGCAAAGAAUAAGAGAAGUAGUGGGAAGACAUUAUGCUGUACUGUACCCUCAUCAGUGUGAAUAUAAAUAUGGAAGAAAUUUGAGAUGCUCCCCAUUGUAUAGUGUGCUAGAAGAUCGCGGUGCAGUUUUUGGUAUUAAAAUGGCCUAUGAAAGAGCUCUGUAUUUCGAUACAACGUAUGAAAAGAGUCAACCAAAACCAAGUAUGCCCCCUGGUACUUUUUACAAACCAAAAUUCUUUGAUUUCAUGAAGGAUGAGUACAAUGCAUGCAGAGAGGGAGUUGGGAUAAUUGAUAUGUCCUCUUUCUCGAAAAUUGAGAUUAAAGGAAAUGGCAGAGAUUCUUUGGCUUAUCUUCAAGUACUAUGUUCGAAUGAUAUGGACAUUCCCGUAGGUACAAUUGUACGUACUGGGAUGCAAAACGAUAAGGGAGGAUAUGAAAAUGACUGCAUGGUAGUGAGACAAUCAGAAAAGGAUUUCUUCAUGGUGUCACCUACAAGCCAACAAACUCGAAUUUUUGAAUGGAUGAACAGGCAUUUGCCACAAAGAUCUUCCAUAGUGCUGAAUGAUGUAACAUCUAUGUAUACAGUCAUUAAUGUAGUUGGUCCAAAAGCAUCAAAUUUACUCAUGGAAUUAUCGAAUACAGAUUUAAACUUGCAACCUUUCUUGUACAAAAAAGUAAAUGUGGGGUAUGCUUCUGAUGUCAUGGUUAUGUCUUUUACCCACACUGGUGAACCUGGAUAUUGUUUGUAUGUGCCUUCUGAAUAUGCCCUGCACGUCUAUUUUCAAUUAAUAAAAGUUGGUUUAGAUUAUGGUGUUAGAGAUGUAGGAACUUUGACUCAAAGAUUCAUGAGGAUAGAGAGAUUUAUUCCAUUCUGGGCUGAAGAAUUAUCAAGUUUCACAACACCAUUCGAAGCAGGGAAUGCUUAUACAGUUCGGCUUGAUAAGAAAGAGAAUUUCAUUGGUAAACAAGCAUUGCAAAAACAGAAACAAACAGGUGUUUUUAAACAACUUGUCAUGUUCCAUCUUGUGAAUUUAGACCCAGAAACGGAUAUUUGGCCUUGGGGGGGAGAGCCAAUAUACAGAGAUGGCAGAUUUGUGGGAACAGUAACAUCGGCAGGAUAUGCUUUUUCCUCUGAUCAACUGAUUUGUUUAGGAUUCAUCAGACGGGCAGAUAAUAGUCAAAAGAUGGCAAUAACAACUGAUUAUAUUCUCAAUAAGGAAGCAACUUAUGAGAUUGAUAUUGCAGGGCAUAAAUUCAUAGCAAUUCCUCGCUUACAUGCCCCAGUAUUACCACAAAAAAAUCAAAAUUCCAAUUAUAAACCAACCCUCACACACUAUACAAGCGAUAUUUCUACUUGAAUUGAGAAUACCAACAUCAAAACCAUCUAGCUGUGAUUAUAUUGUUUUCUUAGAUAAAGUUAUUUAUUAAAUCUCAUAAUUAUACAUUUCCUGAAAACCAUUAUAUUCUCUCUAAAAUCUUAUUGUUAAUAUCUUGUCUGAGAAAACAUUACUCUCAAUAAUUUAUAAUGUCUAGUCCUCUGAAUAUUUAAUUUGAAAAUAAUAAUUUUCUCCCAACCAGAUAAGAAAGUAAUAAAACUUUGUUUUGAAUUC